AUGGCACAGUACACACCCGGGGUCCAGGUAGAGACCGUACCCAUGGGUAAGAUUCAUACAGCAGCAGCGGGAGCUGUACUAGACAUAUGCACAGACCCGUAUAGCCAGAUGGUUGCGACAGCUAGUUCUGACGGAACUAUUCGCAUCUAUUCAGCAAACACAGGAGAUUCGGGGGUAGCAACAGAUGCUGUCUUUUGCCUCACACAUCACAGGGCUUCGGUUUGUCGCGUAGUUUGGGUUCCUCCGGCUUAUGGGAACUUUAUCAUCAGUGCAGGGCAUGACGGCCUCCUCCUUGUUUGGCAGAAGCUAGACGGGGGCUGGCGUAUCGGUGCAGAGCACAAGUUCCAGCAACCGAUAGCUGACAUUUCUGUUCUGAAUGAUAACGUGUUUGUAGCAUCUCUUGAUGGUAGUCUGCACUACUGCAAAGCGUACUUUCAACAAAACCCAGCCAUUGAUUGCAUCGGAUCCACAACCUGUAAGUUCGUACCCUUGGCAAUAGAUGCCCGUCCUGUUGGUGAUCAAUUUCAGGUCGCAUGCGGGCUCUUGUCGGGGUUUCUAACCAUUUUUCUCGUUGCAGGAUCGGGGGAGUUCAUAGAGCAGGAGUACUGCCAGUUGAUCCAGACUCCUUCACCAAUUCGAUCCGUUGCCUGGGGGAGUGCGCUACUUAAUCCAUACGGCUCGCUGGCUGUCGGCUACGAGACGGGAGAACUGCUCAUAUACAAGGCUAUUACAGGAGAGAAGGUCGAACUAAGCACAGCUGUGUACACCAAAACCGUUGAAAGGCCCUUGUGUCGGGUCAGAUACGGUCCCACAGGUGCAGUUCUUGCAAUUGCGUAUGGAGAUGGAAAAUCAGAGCUGAUCAAUCCCUUUAUAAACUCCAAGUAA